AUGGCCUCCAAGCAGAAUCCGCCUUCCAUCAAGGUCACCGACCUGACCUACACGUUCCCCGACUACUCGACCGGCGUGUACAACAUUUCCCUAGACCUGCCGCCGCGCUCGCGCACGCUCCUCAUUGGCGCCAACGGCGCCGGCAAAACAACCCUCUUGCGCCUCCUCGCCGGCAAGCGCCUCUGCCCACGCGGCACAAUCUCCAUCGGCGGCGUCGACCCCUUCCACGAGGGCCUCGAGGGCGUCACCUACCUGGGGCUCGAGUGGGUGCUGAACCCGAUUGUGCGCACCGACAUUGGCGUCACCGAGCUUCUCCGCAGCGUCGGCGGUGACGCCUACCCGGCGCGCCGCGACGAGCUCGUUGCCAUGCUCGACAUUGACCCGUCGUGGCGUAUGCACGCCGUGUCCGACGGCGAGCGCCGCCGGGUGCAGCUCGCCAUGGGCCUGCUGCGCCCCUGGACCGUGCUCUUCCUCGACGAAAUCACCGUCGACCUCGACGUCCUCAGCCGCGCCCAGUUCCUCGCCUGGCUCAAGACCGAGACCGAGACGCGCGCCUGCACCAUCCUCUACGCCACCCAUAUCCUCGACAACCUCGCCGGCUGGCCCACCCAUCUCGUCCACAUGCACAUGGGCGCCGUCAAGGAGUGGGACACGGCCGAUGCCAUGCUUGCGUCCAUUGACGGCACCGUCGCCGAGACGGGCAACUCGCGCCUCGGCGAGCUUGUCAUGACGUGGCUCCGCGCAGACCUCCACGCCCGCGGGCCUCGCAGCGGCAUCAACCGCGGCUCCGAGGGCAAGACAUACGGCUUUGGCGGCAUCGGUGUCGGCGGAUAUGGAGACGAGUCCAAGCCCAAGACGAAAUAG